AUGAUAUCAAUACGACCACUACUAUCGUUAUUAUCGCUCGCCAGUACGGCAUUGGCAAUCGGCCAAAAUGCAACCAUUGCCUUCAAUGCCUCGGCCGGCUCUCAUGAGUUGGCUUCGGGAGGCUCUUCAGUUCAGAUCAUGGCAGACUCUCAUGACUGGCCUGCUGUGUUGAAGGCUGCUCAUGACUUAUCUCAAGAUUUUGGCAGAGUCACUGGCACUAACGGAUCUGUCACUCUCUCAAACACUUCUGAUGAUUCUGGUGUACCUGCCUAUAAUGCUGGCUCGUACUUUAGCAGCAAUCCCAACAAUGCCUCGAUGAUCUUCAACAUUACCGACUUGACUACGUUCAGUACUAUUGGCUCUGGAGCAAAAGGAGGAGUCAUCAUUGCAGGAACAAUUGGAAACUCUUCGCUCAUUGACAUGCUGAUCAAGAGCGGCAAGAUCGAUGUCUCAGCUAUCAACGGUACAUGGGAGGCAUUCACUUCCACCGUGAUCUCGAACCCGAUGGACGGUGUGACUCAAGCGUUGGUCAUUGCUGGCAGCGACAGAAGAGGAACUGUCUAUGGUCUAUACGACGUAUCAGAACAAAUUGGUGUCUCGCCAUGGUAUUUCUGGGCCGACUCUCCUCCUCAGAAGCACGAUUGCAUCUACGCCAUGAACACCACUAAGGUGCAGCCCUCACCAUCAGUUAAGUACAGAGGUUUCUUCCUCAAUGACGAAGCGCCUGCUUUGACUGGAUAUGUCAAUGAGAAGUUUGGUUUCACAAAGUAUGGCUCGAAUUUUGGUGCCAACUUCUACCACACUGUCUUUGAACUUCUGCUUCGUCUGAGAGCAAACUACCUCUGGCCAGCUCAGUGGAACUCGAUGUUCAACGUUGAUGAUCCGAGAAGUCAGGCCAUGGCUGACGAAUAUGGUAUCGUCAUGGGCACUUCACACACUGAGCCCAUGAUGAGAUCUACCAAGGAAUGGAGUGAAUUCGGGCAUGGCGUUUGGAGCUGGGCACAAAACAAUGCUAGUAUUUACCCAUUCUUCGUCGAAGGUGCCGAGAGAACACGACCUUAUGAGGGUGUGAUCACCAUGGGUAUGCGUGGGUCAGGCGAUACCGCCCUUUCAGCCGGCAUUGAGACUGCGCUUCUGGAGAAUGUUGUCUCGACCCAGCGUGAUAUCCUCGCUCAAGUUUUUGGCAAUGCCAGCGUCCAGGAUCCUGACGCUGUACCUCAGUUAUGGUGUUUGUACAAGAAAGUGCAGGGCUACUACGAGGCAGGCAUGACCGUGCCUGAAGACAUCACCCUUCUCUGGACGGACGAUAAUUGGGGAAAUAUUCGGAGACUUCCGGUUGGCAAUGAGACCUCGAGAAGCGGAGGCGCUGGUGUCUAUUACCACUUUGACUAUGUCGGUGACCCAAGAGACUACAAAUGGAUCAACACGGUACUCAACCAGAAGACGUGGGAACAGAUGCAUCUUGCCUACGAGAGACAGGCAAGACAGAUAUGGGUCGUCAACGUGGGAGACCUCAAGCCUCUCGAGCUGCCCAUCUCCCACUUCUUCGAUCUUGCAUACGACAUCAACCGUUGGAACAAAGACAGUACUCCCGAAUGGCUCGAGCUCUGGGGAUCUCGUGAGUUCGGUCCUGAGGUCGCGGCGCAAACGGGAGCUAUCAUGAACACAUACUCUAUCCUUGCUGGCCGCAGAAAGUUCGAAGAGGUAGAUCCGAACACUUACAGCUUAAUCAACUAUAAUGAGGCGAACAAGGUUCUGGCUGAAUGGACAACUCUCCAGGCACAAGCCCAAAGCAUUCUCGAUGGACUACCAGUGGCCACACAACCCGCCUUCUUCGAGAUGGUCUACCACCCUGUCACAGCUGCUCGCACUUACUACGACAUCAUGAUUUCUGCUGCCAAGAACAAUGUAUACGCACAGCAAGGGCGUACCUCAACCAAUGCUAUGGCACAACAUGUGCAGAACCAAUUUUCAUACGACCACCAGCUUUCCAAGUCUUAUAAUGGACUCCUUAACGGAAAGUGGGAUCAUAUGAUGGACCAGACACACAUUGGCUACACUUACUGGCAACAGCCCAUGAGACAGGCUUUGCCUCCUCUUCAAUACGUUCAGAUGGCUGAAAGAGCCUUGAUCGGUGAUCUUGGUGUUGCCGUCGAAGGUUCCAACGCCACAGUACCUGGUGAUGACAGAUUCCAUUCGCUUUCAUCCAUGAUCUUGUACCUCCCAACUCUUGACCCGUAUGGACCUGCUCGUUGGAUCGAUGUUUUCCACACUGGUACUCAGCAGAUCAUUUGGAACGUCCAGUCCAGCGUUCCUUACCUCAACUUCACACAAAAGACUGGCACUUUGUCUCCAAACGGCACCACAGACACUCGCAUCUGGGUUUCUGUUGACUGGUCGAAGGUCACUCCUGGCGCAAUCAACACAACCACCAUCAACAUCACUAGCUCUUCCAACUAUGGCACUCAGUACAGCGUUCCCCAGGUUGUAAUCUCCUACAACCAUACCGUCGUCCCAUCGAACUUCACCAAUGGCCAUGUCGAGUCUGACCGCACUGUCUCGAUGGAAGCAGAGCACUACUCAUCCAUCUCGAACGGUGGCAAUUCUUCAGUCUCAUAUGAAGUCAUCCCUGGAUUGUCGCGGACGCUCUCAGGAGUCACUCUGUUCCCUGUCACUGCAGAUUCUCUUACCACAGCAACUGCCCCUGCUCUCGAGUACGACUUCUAUACCUUCACCAACUUGAGCUCUGGAGCCCUGAUGGACCAAAAUAUGGGUACUAGCACUAUGUACACUCCGAACACUGUCAACGUGACACUGUUCCUGGGCACUUCUCUCAAUACCGACCCUAAUCGCCCUCUUCGCUAUGCUGUGCAGCUCGAUGACCAAGAGCCGCAAACUAGACAUUACAUCAUAGAUCAACCAGCAGGCGCUAAUCCCACUGGCUGGUUAACUGCUGUUGCAGAUGUGAUCUGGUACAACACAACCACUUUCCACUACUCGGGUCCCGGAGCACACAAGCUGAAGGUCUGGGAGUUGGAACCAGGCGUGGUUUUACAAAAGUUAGUUGUAGAUCUUGGUGGUGUGAGAAAGAGUUUUCUGGGCCCUCCUGAGAGUUACAGAGUUUGA